AUGAAGAAUGAAAUCUGUGUCGUGAAAAUUUUUGAUUUUUGUGAUGAUGAUAACAAUGAAAAUCAUUCGGAUAUGGCUGAAAUUAGGAACAAGGAAUUGUUAUUACGUACCAAAUUUACUCUUCAACAAUUAGGAAAGAAGAAAUGGUUGGUGAAUCAAGAAUCGGAAUUUUCAAACUUCUUUCCCAUUGAAUUUAUGAAUUGCAAACCAUUUGUAUUGGAUCAUGUUUUAAAAUAUGGAAAAGGACUGCAAUUUGCGUCCAAAUCACUCCGAAAUGAUAGAAAUUUUGUAUUGCAAGUGGUGCAACAACGAGGGUUAGAGCUUGAAUUUGCUUCCAAGAAAUUGCGAAGCGACACGGAACUAGCCUUAGUUGCCAUAAAGCAAAACUACAAAUCCAUGAAAUAUGUUUCAUCUUCGCUAACCCAUGACAAGGAGUUUGUUUUGAAAGCAGUUCAACUGAAUGGAAAAUCUGUUCGGUUAACUCCUCUCCGAGAAGACAGAGAUGUAGUGUUGGCUGCAGCCAACCAAGAUGGUAUGGUGAUUAGGACUAUAUGGUUUGUCUUGAAAGGAGACAAAGAAAUUGUUCUUGCCGCAACCAGGCAAAACAAAAAAGCAUUACGCUUUGCAUCACGGACGUUGCUCAAAGAUCAGGAUUUUAUGUUGACUGCCCUUCGAGUCGUAUUUCCAGAGCUUGUCUCUUUUGAUUAUUCUGACAAAGCGAUCAUGCUUCCUGUUGUUCAAGAAUUUGGCUUUUUAUUAGAAUAUGUAUCGGAUGAUCUAAAGAGCGAUAGAGAGCUUGUUUUGAACGCUGUCACAAGCGAUGGCUUGUCCAUAGAGCAUGUCUCUAAAGAGCUGAAGAAUGACAAAGAGAUUGCUCUUGCGGCCGUUCGACAAGAUGCCUCUGUUUUUGAAAUGCUGCCUGAAAAAUUGAGAGAUGACAAAGAGAUUGCAUUACAUGCUGUUAAGGGGAACGGCAAUAUGUUACAAUAUGCUUCUGUUACAUUACAAGGAGACAAAGAGGUUGUGUUAGCUGCUGUCAAUCAAGACGGAUAUGCUCUCGAGUAUUCAUCGACAGAAAUGAAGAGUGAUAAAAACGUGGUAUUAGCUGCUGUUCGACAAGAGGGCUAUGCCCUUGAAUAUGCAUCAGAUGAACUAAAGAAUGAUAAGGAAGUGGUAUUAUCUGCAAUACGACAACGAGGAGCAGCCCUUGAGGUUGCAUCCAACGACAUGAAAAGAGAUUGGGAAAUUGUAUUUGAAUCGAUCAGACAAGACAAGAAAACUCUUUUCGCUGCGACCGAAUUAUUGCACAACAAAGACUUCUUGUUACAAGCUGCUAAAGUUGGAUGUGAAGUAGUGUUAGACUGCGCAGCUAAGGAAUUGAUUAAGGACAAGGGGUUUGUAUUAGAGGCGGUCAAGCUAAACGGUCUUGCGAUUGAGCAUGCAGACAUCAACUUUCAAUUCGACGAAGAAAUAAUUUCGGAAGCCGUGAGAAACAAUGGAUAUGCAUUAAGACUCGUAAGAUUUGGGGAGAUCUAUCCAGAUCUUUGGGUGGAAGCAAUGAAAUGCAAUGGGUUUGCUUUCGAUUACACUGAUGAGCUACUUCAAGCAAGAAUGGAACAAUGCUAUUUUGGCGCUUAUUUAGGUGCAUCUGCAUGA